AUGACCACACAAGCAAUUGACGCUCCCCCCAGUCUCCCCGUGCCAAAUCAACAAGUGCAUGCACCGGGCGUCUACUUGCUAAAUCCCCUGUCACGCCUCGGCUCGGGUCCUGGUAUGAUCAUACUGACUUCUGGGAGAGACCUCGGAGGUGUGCGUCUAGACGACGGAGUCCCUUCACCGUUUCUGAAGUGGGCUGAAGAGGGUUAUGCAGUGGUGGCAGUGUGCUUAGGUGCUUUGGAGGGCGGUCAGGAUGGCAUAUCCUCUGCCCUUGAAGCGUUGUCCGGUUGCAAUAUGUGCCAACCCAAGGGAAAAGUUGGACUUAUCGGUCAGUACAGCCCUCUUGCGUCCCUGGAGGUUGUAGCUGACAUCAUUGCUCCAGCAUACGACCCCGAGGCAUGGUUGAAGGUCACUGCAUCAGCGCACGCUCACCAUGAGAUUGUGGGAGCGGUGGUCUAUGGGAAUGUGGAUUCGCUAAUUCCCAAACCCGUGUUCCCAAUGCUUCAGCACCUGGCAGGAGCAUCUACGACAGCCAAAAUCGCAUCCAGUACUGGAAAUUCUGAGGCGUACGGAUACGCAGCUGUCAGUACAUAUGAGUUUGCGACCCCUUUCCAGCCGACGUUCGACUAUACCGCCGAGUCUGUAUCCCACACACGGAACAUAAGCUUCCUGAAACCCUUGAUAGGAGGCCCAUAUUUUGAUCUGGAGGCCAUCUGGGAAGAACAUACGUAUCAUGAGUUUGAGACGCGCUCUGUACCUCAUACGAUGGCAACCAUGGUGCAAGAGCCGUAUGUGAACCAUAUACCCACGUUAACGGGAGGAAUUGGAAGGGCUCGCCUUUCGGAGUUCUACCAAAACCACUUUAUUUUCGCGAACCCCGAAGACGCGGAACUUGAGUUGAUCAGUCGGACGGUGGGUAUCGACCGUGUCAUUGAUGAGUUUAUAUACAAGUUCACACAUGACACGCAGAUUGACUGGCUGCUACCUGGUAUCCCGCCCACCGGUCGCAAACUAGCAAUCCCAUUUACCGCAGUCGUCAACAUACGGGGUGACCGGCUGUACCACGAGCACAUUGCGUGGGAUCAACUCACUGCUCUGAUUCAGUUAGGUCUCAUGCCCGAAUAUCUUCCUUGGACACACCCCGCGCCUACGGGGGUGCAAAUGGGCGUCAAGGCCAGGCUGGAGUAUCGAGUACCAGGAGCUGGGCGAGACACAGCGAAGAAGAUGAAGGAUAGGAAUUCGGUGGAUUCGAAUAGAAUGUUUGGGCACGCACUUCGGGUUGUGGACGCUCUUCAGCCGGCUGUGUUUCCCAAACUCGCUUAG